CGAAACUUAUGACGGUGUCAUGGAGGCUGUGUCCAAGCACGGCGGGUAAUAUGGGGCCAUUUUUUGUUAAUUCUUUAGUUAUUUGAUACACAUUUUUUAGUGUUAUAUGAUGGAUUCGGUCAACUUCGUGGCACAGCUUAACGAGUAUGCCCACAAGGAGCGGCUGGUGGUGAAAUAUGAGGACGUUGGAUCCGUUGGCCCUGACCAUAUUAAAACGUUUAUGUUAAGAGCGGUCCUGAAUGGGAAGCCCUAUCCCGACGGUGUGGGGAAGAACAAGAAAGAAGCGAAACAGAAUGCUGCUAAAAAUGCUUUGAAAUGCUUGUUGGAGAAGCCAGCUGAGUCUACAAAGGUAAGAGAAGAGGCUUCUCCUGUUCAAGUACAACAAACCAGUCUCAACUACAUGUGUCGGCUCAAUGAAUAUGGCCAGAAGAAAGGACUAUCUAUAAGAAGCAUGGAAGGAACCAGGCUUGGACCAAAUAUCACUCAAUGGUGUAAAUUUGUGGUUGGCGAUAAGGAAUAUCCAGUAGCAUUUGGGAAAACGAAGAAAGAAGCUAAAGACGAAGCUGCCAAGCUGGCGUACCAUGAGAUAGUUAAGGGUGAAAGUACAGAUACUGGGGAUGACACAGACAGUGGCAUAACAAGUCUACACAAAGAGGAAUUGGAUGAAAUUCUGUUGGAUGUCAGCAAUCAAAUUGGGAGCUUGAACAUAAAGACUGAGGACAGUUGUCCAGCAGAAAUUAAUUUUGUCGGACUUGUCAAUCAGUACUGUCAGAGAACCAGGCAAUUGUGUACAUUUAUAGAACAUGCCAGAAGCGGCCCUCCACAUUGCCAUAUAUUUUUCUACAAACUAGUGAUCAACAACAAGGAAUACCCUGUGGGUCAGGGUAAGAGCAUCAGGGACGCCAGGCAGCGUGCAGCUCAGCUGGCUUGGGCUGCUCUUAAAGAACAGUCAGACUGGAAUAGCAAGGUUUCUGAUGAUGGUGCCCAAGCCAAGCAGUCCCCGUCAACAAGUACACAGGACUCUGGUAUUGUGAAAUCAAGCAGCGUAGUAAAAGGUGAUCCAGCUGUUUCCAAGCAUUCACCAAAUAAUCCCAGGUAUCAGGUUCAAAGUCCAGAUGGAAAACCCAAGAUAAGACUUGCUCCAAAUUUCCAAAAUGCCGCUCAGAAAAGCAUAGAGGAUUUAAUCAAUUUUGAAGUCAAGAAAAAAAAAAAUACUCAAACUGAAAAACCACCAAAUCAGCCAGUGAUGUCGAGGUUUACAUUGGACUAUGACUCCAUAGAACAUCUAGAUAAAGGAUCCUUUGGUCAUGUUUUCAAGGCAAAGCACAAACUGGAAGAAAAAUAUUAUGCCGUGAAGAUGGUCCGCUGCAAGGACGAUGUCAAAAAAGUUCUACAAGAGGUGAAAGUAUUGUCAGACCUCAAUCAUGCUAACAUCGUUCGAUACCAUUCAUGUUGGAUGGAGGACUCGCCAUACCAGUGGGACACUUCUACUGGCAGUAGCAGUGCAUCACAGUCUUCCAGUGAUUCAUCACCAAAGUACCUCUUCAUUCAGAUGGAGUUAUGUAAUGUCAAAACACUGAGAGUAUGGAUAGAUGAGAAGAAUGUUCAGAAUCCCAAGAAAUCUCUGCGCGACUCCAAGAGAAGAACGGAGAGUUUAACCACGGCCUUUCAAAUGGUCAGUGGUGUGGAGUACAUUCAUUCCAAGAGGCUCAUCCACAGAGACCUGAAGCCUGCCAACAUCAUGUUUGGCCAGAGUGGCUCUAUAAAGAUUGGAGACUUUGGUCUAGUUACUGAAGAAAUUGAGAAUGACACUGAGAACCAGAUGGAGAGAAACAAGUAUAAAGGAACACCAUCUUACAUGGCUCCUGAGCAGAGGGACAGAACCCUUUACGACCAUAAGGUGGACAUAUUUGCGUUGGGACUGAUAUAUUUCGAACUGCUUUGGAACAUCCCUACUGUUGAAGGAAAGACUGAGAUUUGGGCGGAUGUCAGAAAACAGAAACUUCCUCAAGGAUUUUCUCAACAUUAUCUACAAGAGAGCAAAAUGAUCCAGUCGAUGCUUUCUGAUACACCCCAAGAGCGACCAGAGGCAUGGAAACUGAAGCCGGACCUAGAAGAGUUAUGGCGGUUACUGGACAUGUCUAAAACUGUUCAGCGUGACAGCAGGACUAAAAGCUGCGUCAUCACCGCCAUGGCGAGUGGAAACUACGUGGGUGCGCUGCUCGAGUAUGCUCAGAAGGAGAACAAGAUACUGCUCUUUGAGGAGAUGGACGGCGGUCAGGGUCCGGCCCAUAAUAAAAUAUUCAAACAGAGAGUUGUCAUAGAGGGCAAACCCUACGCCCCUGGUGUGGGGAAGACCAAGAAGGAUGCUAAACAAAAGGCUGCAGAAACGGCCUGGAAAUGUCUCUUUAUGGAUGGGGAUCAGAGUUUGGCCGAAAGUACAGAUGAAGGUUCUUCACCAGUUAAUCAUCCAAACAUGAACUACAUUUGUUGGCUUAAUCAGUAUGGCCAGAGGAACUCGCUGAGGGUGAAGCCCGUGGAGACAAUGAAACCUGGACUGCAGAAUGCAACUUAUUGGUGUAAGUUUGUGGUGGGAGACACGGAGUACCCAGAGAUCUCUGGGAAAACUAAGAGAGAGGCUAAGGAGGAAGCAGCUAAGCUGGUAUAUGACAGCCUCAAUGGCACAGAGGGUGCAGCUGGAUCAGGCCCACAAAUCGAGGCGUUGCCGAUAAAUACUGAUGAUACCUGCUCAAAGACAAGCAGCCUCAGCUUCAACUCUGUUGACACCGGUUAUAAAGAGACCAAUUAUGUUGGAAUCAUCUACUCCUAUUGUCAGAAGACAAAUCGCAAUCCAAAAUAUAUUGAAGUGGAUAGAACAGGCCCUGCUGAUCGACCCAAAUUUAGCUGCAAAUUAGAAAUAGACGACAAAGACUAUCCAGUUGGUGAGGGUAAGAACAAAAAGGAGGCCAAACAAAAUGCAGCUAAACUGGCCUGGUCCGCUCUUCAAGAACAAUCAGACUGGGAUAGCAAGGUUUCUGUUGGGUCAGAUCACUCAGAAGAUGGAACACGACCCACAAUGUCAACACAGUCAGCGACAUGGGACUCAAAUGAGCCAUCAUCACAAAGCCUUCAGGACAGUGCCAGUGACUCCAUAGUAUUUGCUGAUUCAUCAAACCCAUCCGACAGCCAGAAUGAUGUCCAAAACACUGGUGUGGGGAAUGUGAGUAGUGCAUCGAAUGAGUCAAGAUUUGUAAAGGAAUUUCGAAACAUUGAACCUCUCGGAAAUGGAGGCUACGGUGAUGUUUACAAAGCUACAGAAAAACUCACAGAGUUGGAUUAUGCCGUAAAGAUUGUAGAUGGGACAUCAAAAGCUGUCCGAGAGGCAAAAGCAUUAUCAGAACUCCAACACCUGAACAUUGUUAGGUACUACACUUGUUGGAUGGAUGAUUCAAAUUUCAGUCAGCACUCUAAGUCCAAAAAGAUAUCGUGUCCAUAUUACUUGUAUAUUAAAAUGGAAUUAUGUAGCCCAGACACACUUGAAGACUGGAUUCGUGAAAAGAACGAGAAAAGUGUACAAGGCAUGAAAAGAAGAGAAGAAAGUCUUCCUAUUGCUCAGCAAAUAGUCAGUGGAGUGGAAUACAUUCACUCCAACAACCUAAUUCACAGGGACCUUAAGCCUGCCAACAUCAUGUUUGGGAAGGACGGAAAGGUGAAGAUUGGAGAUUUCGGUCUGGUCACUGUUAAAACUGAUGGUGAUGAUGUAAACCUGAUGAAAAGAACAAAGGAAAAGGGAACUGUAUCUUAUAUGGCACCUGAACAAAUGACUCAGCAAUAUGACCACAAAGUGGACAUGUUUGCUUUGGGGUUGAUUUUCUUUGAACUCCUCUGGAAACUCUCGACUGGCCAUGAGAGAGUAGUGAUUUUUAGAGAUGCAAGAAGCCAGAAGCUCCCAGAAGAGUUUUUAAAUAUGUUUCACCCUGAGAGCCUGAUUGUUCGGUCUUUGCUCUGUGAGAAGCCAGAAGACCGACCUGAGGCAAGUCAACUGAAAGCUGAGCUGGAGAAAUGUGCACAGAAAAGAGUGAACCUUGAAAACCAAACUGUCUAAGAAAGACAAGAAAAAGAAGCAUCUUCGGUGCCUUCGUGACAAAAUAUGUUCCAAAGGGUUGGAAAGCAGAUGGGGUCAAAAUUAACCAUGAAAUCAAACUGAAUCAUAAUUUCAAAAAAGAACAUUUGACAGUUGACAGAAAUCAUGAUUUUUACAUUCCAUUAUUACUGCCUUUACCCUUUUAAGCAUGAUCCAAAAAAAAGUAGACUUUGAAGUAUUUAAUAUGACCUUUAACCAAAUAUGGGGUUAAAAACAGAAAGAUUUUCAGAAUAUGCAUCAAUUGUUACUGUGCAAUAAGUCAAACAUAUUGUCAUGUCAUUGAAUCUACUGCCCGCUGUUGUGGUUUUUGAGCAAAGCUUUUCCAUUAAAUGAUGCAAAACAUUUUAAAAAGAAUAUGUAUCCAAUAUGAUUAAGAUGGCAUUAUAGGGUUACAAUCAUGUUUUGGAGCAUUCUUUUCUUUUUUUUUACUUUCUGUUAAAGGUCUAAAGAUGUUUGAGUCUGUUUCUUUUCUCUUGUGUAAUUUCUUCUGGUGGGACAACGAUUUUACUGGGAUAUUAGCAGAAUUGUGUUACAUGUGUAUUGGGUGGUAUUCUGUGAGUAAAACAUGAAUCUGUAUGAGUGAGGAAUGUUUGAACAAUUUUAGUCUCAGUUAAUGUUAAAGCAACCAUAUUUUUAGUCUUUCAUUAUGACAAAAAGUUGUCUGAGCAGAAAGAAUCAGCUAAAAGGUGCGAACAGAUCCAAGCUGAUUGUUCAAGCUCUGAAGUAACUGAUUGCAAACAGGACAAAGUAACAUAACAACAUAGCAUAAUAAUAUGAAAUCUAAUCAGUUUUAUAUAUUAUGUAGAAAAUGCUUUAACAUUCAUUAUGUUUAACAGCAAAGCAUAUCUCUACAUAGGCCCUUAACUGGAGAUAAACAUCUCUGAUUAACGGGCUUUGAGCAUGGUCGUAGACUGUAUUUUCAUUGUUUCCCAAUUGAUGCUGCUUAAGAAAAAUAAAAGAUUUGUGAAAAAAUGCAC